CAGGUCUGGAACAGAAGCAGAAACCUGAGUGAAGUACGAGUAAUUCUGAGUUUAGCAGGACUCUGUUACUCACCUAGAGGAUGAAAGAAAGUCUACAUGAUAUGCGGGGAGCAGAGGAAAGGUGUUAUUAAUGGGGAGAAGUCAUCACGCCUUUUCUUUGGCACUUGCUUUUUCCUGAGAGCACUUCUUCCAUGGCCUUGCAUCUUUGGUGCUUGGUGAGAGGCAAGGAGAGCAGACAGACCCCUGCCACAGAAACAGUAUUGUCACCAUAGCCAUGAAUUUUUGUACCCAAAACAGUGAAUUACAGUUUUGAGGUCCAUCUGUGUUUUGUGGGCUUUCCAUGAGGAGCAGGACUAAGAGAUCGUGGUUGCUUUGUGAGAAAUCUCCCCCGGUAACUCAGGCUCUGUUUGAUGUGCACCUGCCAAGAAGCACCAAGCUGGUAUUUUCAGAGUACUGUGACCUUCAGAUCUUUUUUUCUGAGUGGUUUUGACAAAUUCACAGCUCAUUAAAGUAUACGUAUAGUUAGCUGCCCAUAGGCAGCUCUUGCCAUGCGUCAGUAGUGAAUUUUGGUGCUCAGGCACUUCGAACGAGGAGAUCCUUCUGCAGAUUCUUCUCAACAAAGAUUGACUGUCCUGAACAAUCAUCACCCACAAACUCCAUCUUCUCAGUAUUCACUCCCUUUCCCAGACCGCUUAUGAGCGCAUUGAAAAACACAGAUCCUCGGGGAAAUCUUUGGAUAACCUCUUCCCGUUAUGACAAUUGCUUAUUUCUUCGUACCCUUUGUUUCCCAUUGGUAACUAUUUGUGCAGAAGUGCCCUUCCCCUUUGCACCACUACUGCCCCAAUCUCAGAAAAGCCUUGGGUGAAGGGCAUUUCCAAAAGCCUAUGAAAAACACAGCCUGUGCCGGGACCGGGUCACCCCAUCAGAGUGGUCACCUUCACUUUGGAAGAACUUGACUAGCUAUAAGGCAAGACUGUACUCUGCCAAAACCAGGUUGUCUUGGUCCCCAAUAUAUGAGUUUGUUAAUUACAGUCUUCAUUAUAACCUCUACCAGUGUCCCCAGUACAAAAGCCAGAUGUCCUGAUGUGUAAGUUCCCUGGGCCACCUCCUGAGCUCUUUAAAAAUGUUCCAUUCCUUAAGCUGGGAGGCAGAAUUGAGCCACCAGUGGCACACUGCGAGCAGCCUGGCAGUCCCCUGCCUGAGUUUCAUCUGUCCCCCUGGGCUGGCCGGUGUGCUGCCCGUGAAUUUAUUGAUCUGCUUAAAACCUCUCCGUGGCAUCAAUAUCUAAUCUGUUAUGGAGAGCAGAGUGUUGCAGGGCAAAAUUCAUUAACGUUUGUAAAGCUCAUCAACAUCUUUCAUGAGCAAAUCCCAUCAUGUUUUAAUAUAUUUUUUAAAUGUCACGAGUAAGUUCUCAUUACUCAUUGACGAGCUGAAGCAAACAGCGCUUGCCAGACCCAGGUAUUGGAACAGGCAUAGGCUGCAACUCUCUUCACUUACCACUUUUAGGACACUUUCAUUUCAGCUUAAACUCCCUGCCUUGAUUCUGCUCCUCCAGAUCAGAAGCCAGCCCACCUCCACAGCUCUCCCAAUGUGGACUCAGGGAUCCCCAUGGAUCCCUGGCCCUGGGCUUUUUGGAAGAUGCCUGCUGGCUCCAUGGGGCUCUGAGAGUUGCCGGUCCUGGUCACUGUUAGGGUUGCGCUGGCAGCUUGAGAUGCCAGCAUGAAGAACAGCAAGGGAUGGGUGAGUCCAGCCAGCUGGUGUUGGAUCACACAAACACCGGGAAACCUCCCUAAAACCCUUCGCCUCCACCCCAGCCUGGUGUUUUGUCCCCCUCCAAUGGUGCUUGUACAUUACUGCAUGCUUGCUGGUGGGUUUGGCAGACGGGUCCUGGGCUACUGGGACCAAAACCACAUCCACUUCUGUUCAAGUGGCCUAAGUGGCAUUUUCUCCCAUGACCGUGGAUGUGGUCUGGAUCUCUGCAAGAGCUUCACAAUGAACUUGCAUUUCCCCUUGUUUUUCCUGCCAGGAUGUCUGGAGGAGACAUGGCCAAACCCCUCCUGGGCCAUCGGAGCAUGGAGGGUGACCUCAGCAUCACGCCCACGGCCGGCCGCACCAUCGGGGUGCUGGGGAGUGGGGACUUUGCACGGUCAUUGGCCAUCCGCCUAGUGUGCUCCGGGUUCAAGGUGGUGGUCGGCAGCCGCAACCCAAAGCGCAAAACUGGCCUCUUCCCUUCUGCAGCAGAAGUCACCUUCCAGGCUGACGCGGUGAAGAAGACCGAUGUCAUUUUUGUGGCGGUUUUCAGGGAACAUUACUCCACCCUCUGUGACCUGGCUGAUGUGCUGGCAGGCAAGAUCCUGGUGGACGUUAGUAACAACACCGAGAUCAACCAUCACAAAGAAUCCAAUGCCGAGUACUUGGCUUCCCUGUUCCCAGCCUGCACCGUGGUCAAGGGGUUUAAUGUGGUUUCCGCGUGGACGCUGCAGUCGGGUGCCAGGGAUGGAAAUAAGCAGGUUCUGAUUUGCUCAAAUAGCCAAGAAGCCAAGCGCACAGUCGCAGAAAUUGCUCAAGUCAUGGGAUUCACCCCUGUGGACAUGGGCUGCAUGUCAUCAGCCCGUGAGAUUGAGAACAUUCCCCUGCGCCUCUUGCCAGCCUGGAAAAUCCCCACCUUUUUGGCUCUGGGGCUCUUCCUUUGCUUCUUCACUUACAACCUGAUCCGGCAGGUCAUCCACCCGUACAUCAGGGAGCAGAAGAACAAGUUGUACAAGAUCCCCAUCGAGGUGGUCAACACAACGCUGCCGUGCGUGGCCUACGUCAUGCUGUCUCUCGUCUACCUGCCCGGGGUGCUGGCAGCCUGCUCGCAGCUCUACUAUGGCACCAAAUACAAGCGCUUUCCAGAUUGGCUCGACCAGUGGCUCCAGCACCGAAAGCAGAUCGGUCUCCUCAGCUUCUUCUGCGCGGCUUUGCAUGCCGUGUACAGCCUCUGCCUGCCCAUGCGCCGCUCCCACCGCUACCAGUUAAUCGAGACGGCCGUCAAGCAGGCUGUGGAGAAGAAGAUGAAUAUCUGGGUAGAGGAGGAAGUCUGGAGGAUGGAGAUUUAUAUCUCUGUUGGAAUAAUUGCCCUGGGCUUGCUGUCGUUACUUGCCAUCACUUCACUUCCAUCCAUCGCAAACUCUCUCAACUGGAGGGAAUUCAGUUUCAUUCAGUCCACCCUUGGAUUUAUUGCCUUGUUAAUCAGCACUCUGCACACACUGACGUACGGAUGGUCGAGGGCCUUCGAUGAGAACCAGUACAAGUUCUACCUGCCUCCGACCUACACCCUCACGCUGCUCGUCCCAUGCACUGUGAUCCUGGCAAAAGUCAUCUUCAGUUUGCCCUGCAUCCGGCAAAGACUUCUGCGAAUCCGGAGGGGCUGGGAGAAGGGGAGAUACGUGAAGUUUGUUCUGCCCAGCGCAACGGGGGAAUAUUUGAGCAGGGAGACCUCUAGCAAUGUCUAGCAGAGCCCCAGCUGUGACAGAGGAUUUCAAAGCACUAUCAACAUUUCUAUAAAGGUGUUUCUUUUUCUUAAAUAUAUGUAUGUUUUGGUAUAAUUGCGUUGUGGGUAAAUAAUAAAAUUUGGUGACUUUAGCAAAUGGAUGACCAGGAAACUAGUUUAGACAGUAGUACUUAAAUUAUAUUGCUGAUUUGCUAGGAGAAUUAUUGCCUUAAAAAUGACUGUGAAAGCCGAGCUAGCAGCACUAAUACACAUGGGAGACUGAUGGACUCCGUUAGUCCGAUCAGUCACUUGAGGUGCCAGUACUUCUCGGUUGCUUCCCUAGCUGCUCUCAUAAAUUUCAAUGCCUUUUCUUCUUUUUUUUUUUAAUAUGAAGUAGCACAGAUGACAGCAAAGAUAUCCUGCCUCUUGAGUGUCUGGAUCAAUCAAGGCAGUGAGGUUUAGAAAGAUGAAUCGUCUCUGGUUUUGGUCUCCUCAAUGAACUCUAUGGACAAGUUAGAACAGCAAUAUCCAUGUUAUGUAGCGUCUGCAGAUUCUACUAAAAGCAUCCAAACCUGACAGCAAGUCCAAGUAUCCCUGUUCUCUCAAAUGCAGACAGCACUUCUGCUCCCGUAAGCUGUGCCUGGGUGCACCUUUAUAAGCUAUGGAAAUAAAGCACCUUUCCAGCAUUUGGAGAGAGAGAUGUCCCCAAUAUCACACGUCUGGUGCGCGCUGCUGGCUCUGGGAUGACAGCUGCUGCUGCUGCACGUUCUCUGUUUUACGAAGCCAAAGUUUCAAGCGGUAUUUGAUGGAAAUAGAGUGAAGAUAAUUAUCAGAAAGACCUGCUGCUUCACAAAAUUACUCGGAGAAAACCAAGGCCUUCCAGCUGGCCUUACAUCAAAUAAAAGGGUGAAGCUUUUAGAAAUCACUGUCACCUGAACAUGCCCAUUUACGCAGACAACACAGCAGCUGUAAGCCCACUGGUUUCACUAGCGAUAAUAAGAUCUUCAAACGGUCUUGCAAAGGGAUCAGCGAGUCUUGACCACAACAUGAAAAUAACAGCAGUUGUACAUUUUGGGCACAGUCCUUCACUGCCUUGCACCUUAAAAAGUCUCUUGCCAGAUCAUGAAGCGGGUAUCAAAUGCGCUUCUGACUUCGCACACACUUUGGACAAGGGGCAGGGCAAUGAAGAUUUCUGCCCUAAUUUCAUUUUCCACCUGUCGCUUUCUAUCCCUUCAAGCUCUUGCUCUUUACCAGAAUAAUUCUUUAGGUUUUUGACAUGCAAAUCACCACAGAGAGCCUGGACAGCCAUUCCCGAAAGCUCAUUUAAAAGCAAGCAAUCGGGAUGACACAAGACGACUACCUCAGUAAGGUCAGAUACAAGGUCAUGGCUAGAAUAGCCUCAUUUUCCUACAGCUAAGUAAAAGACACCACUCCGCCUUCAGUAUUGCUUUGAAAAACAGCAGCUGUCGGCAUCAAAUGAGGCAUGGUUUGGGGGACAGGAAAGUACUUGUUACUACAGCAGUUAAUAUGGAUCGGUGGGGAAAUGAUCAACUUUGGGGCACGUAAGCCCUUCUACAAGGAAACAUUGCUUCUGUAACCUGGAUGAUUUCUACACAGACAAAGAAUCUUAAGAAUUCCCUGUUUAGCCUCAAAUAACUGCUCACGGUGCCAGUGAUGAUAUUGAGGGAUUUUAGUUCUUGCCUCAGGCUUACAGUGAAGUCUCCAAACGCCACUUCUUUUCCCUGAAUAGAAAGAAAUUGGCAUGAGGGAAAUGCCUAGAUUUCAUCAUCAGCUGAUUUUUUUGUUUUGUGGGUUAUCUGGCAACACAGGGAAGGUACCAUCCUUUCCCACCGUCCCCUUCAGAAGGCUGCGUUACUCAGAUUUCCCCAUCCACCUCCACAGCCCAGCCCAGAUCAGCACCUGAUCACAUCACUCACCAAGCAGAUUGAUUCCCCAGCACUAUUUAUUUGUGAUUGAAUGAUACGUUACGUUUCCAUAAGGAUUUGAGACAGUUUCACCUGAGUAUAACUCCACCCACUCCAGUUUAACUCAUCCUUGAGGGAAAACUGGAUUCAGCAAGCUUGUUCUUUAGUCUUCUCUUCCAUUUCAUCCUCAAGCAAAGUCAACAUAAAAGCACCAGUUUACCCAAUUUCUGAUUACAGUAGUGUAUUCCAAUGCCUCUUUUUUCCCACCUAAGCUUUGUUUCACCUCAUCAGGUCAGGCAAGACUAUUGCCUGGUGGCAAAAAAAAAAAAAAAAGGGAUUAGGAGGGAGGGAA